AUGUGUGUACAAGGAACGUACACGAGCAUGAGAAGGAUCAUCUUCCUUGGCUAUGACUUCACGGACAAGAUCGUCGGUCCAUUACGGACUAAAAACGUUCUGGUCGGUAAGGUCGGACACUCAUCUCGGGCGGGUUCAAAAGAAAACUAA